AUGUGGCGGAUUGUGUUCUGUGCAGCGGCACUAUCUCGUGCCUCUCCUUUUGAGCCACUCCCGGUGCACCGGGAGGGGCCUUGGUUCGAGGGCUGGUUCACCCGGAUUGUUGACGACAAUGAAAACAGGAGCGUGGCCGUCAUCGUUGCCAGUUACCAGGCAAAGGGCUCCGCCAACUUCUCGUCCAGCUGGGUUGCAGCUCUGGUCUCCCACAGCAACGGCACAAUUCUCACGGAGCAGGUCUUCCCGGCGGAAGCCUCGGUCCGAAUUACGGACCGCGGGCUUCCAGUGGACCGCGAGCUUCCCCGGAACCAGCCGGCCGUCUUCGUCGUGGAGUCCGAGGUCGGGAGGCUGGCGGUGAACGACAGCAAAGCGGAGCUGCUCUUCAACUUCCCGUCGGGCUUGAGAAUCGAAGCUUCUCUUGCGAACCGCAUUCCCUGGGAUGAGGCCUGCAGAGAUACCUGCGGCCCGGAGGGCUGGGCUGGUCGGCUCCCCUCGGGCUUGCUCCCGACACACUACUUCGUCCACUCGCUCGGCUCCACUGCUGUUUAUUCUGUCAAUGGGCUGCGAGGGUCUGGAUUCGCCCACCAGGAGGCCAACUACGGCAGCUUCUUUCCAAGUGCAUGGACGUGGGUCCAGGGCAUCUCUGGCGACGGCGGGUCACAGCUGCUGUUGACCGGUGGUGCCUUCACUGUGGCUGAACUGACAGCGCGGCAGUUCCUACUGGCUUACCGCUCGCCGAGGUUCCACUGGGACUUCCGAAGCGUGGACCUGGACCACAUUGUCACGCAGGUGGACGCCUGCCAGGGCCUUCUGACUCUCCGGGCAUCGAAGCCCUUGACGGGGCGCCAGCUCGAGCUCUCGGUGCGGGCGCCUCUGGGGACUUUCUCGGAGCCGCUCUACUUCCCUACCAGGGAGGGCUGGAGCAACAGGCCCGGCAGCGUGGAGAGCUACCGGGCUCGAGCCCUUGUCAAGAUCUUCCACCGUGGGGUGUUGCAGGACACCCGGGUGACAAUGCCUCAGGUAGUGAGUGAUCGUGCUUGUGACGGCACUGCUGGGGAUGAAGAGGGCACGGAUGUGCAGUUGUUGCCGCCGGAGAUGCGCCGCAUUUCCCAGAAACUGGAGGCGGCAAAGACAGAAGAAAUUCCAAUGAAGCGCUUUGACAAGAUGAAUGUCAUGCUGCAGUGCCAUGUGGUGGAUCUUUUCCUCAUGACCGACUCGAAGCACUUAGCUCCAGCCGGUGUCAACUUGCACGAGCUGCCGUUCACGCAGAUGGACUUCUACAAGUUCGUGGGCACCUCGACCAAGGGGGCAGACCACCCCAAUCCGCGCAUGAAGUUUGUUGGCGCCGUUUCCGACAUGAUCUGCGGUCUCGUGCUGCCUUGCAUACCUUCCGUCCAAGAGGCUGCCAAGGAGGCCCGGGUGCUCGUGACCUCCGCCCUGGCACGACCCCUGGCGCUGCUUCUCGGGGCAAAGAACGGCAUCCCAGUGGUUGUCGUUCAUCUGCAGCCCCUGGUGCCCACGCGCGACUUCCCACACUUCUCCAACGCUGAGGUAAGGCAUUGA